AUGGUACUCUACUACCAUGACAUCCUUUUCAAUGGCACAAAUGUGGCAAAUGCUACAUCUGCUAGAGCUGCAAAUGCCACUAAACUGGGUGACCACCAGUUCGGCAUGCUGGUUGUCUUUGACGAUCCGAUCACGAAAGAUCACCAUCUUCUUUCUCCUCCUAUCGCCCGAGCUCAAGGCUUCUAUUUCUAUGACAUGAAGACUACAUAUAAUGCUUGGUUCUCCUUCACUUUGAUAUUCAAUUCUACUAAGCACAAAGGUACCAUAAAUAUUAUGGGUGCAGAUAUGAUGGACUCGGAGACUAGGGAUCUUUCAGUGGUUGGAGGAACCGGAGAUUUCUUCAUGGCAAGAGGGAUCUUUCGGACUGAUACCUUUCAGGAUCUUGCUUAUUUUCGUCUUCAGAUGGAUAUUAAGUUGUAUGAAUGA